GUUUGUGGCUGGGCCAAAACCGCUGCGCUGGCGCUAAAACCGACCUUCCGCGCUUCGGGGAACGACUGGGCGCGAUGGACACGCCGCAGCUGUGCUACAAGCUGGCGAGUGAGUGUGUUAGAAGCUUCACUUUCGAGAACCACACCUAUGUGGGCUGCACCACUGACACUGCGGACCACACGUAUGGCCAUCCCUGGUGUUCCCACGUGGCUCACUUUGUGUGGAACCACUCGAAAUGGAGCUACUGCUUACAGGUGCCGUGCUCCGACACCCAUGCCACGUUGUACACGCCCGAAGGCAUGCGCCGCAGCGUUCUGUUGAACCUGAUCUUUGUGGCGGUGGGCCUGCUUGUGGGGGGGAUCUCGCACACCGUGCGAGCUGCCACGAGAACCAUCGCACGACAACAGCCCUUGCAACAAAGACUCAAUCCCAUUGAGGAGGGCAAGGAGCUGCACAGCACCGCGCUGAACUACUUAGUUUUCCUACGGAACUCCAGGGAUAUGUUCCUGAGCUUGACUGCCGUCUCUUUGCUGAUUGUGGUGCCAGUGCUUGGUCGCCAAACCUUUCUUUUCGGCUGCUUUGAUGGCCCAAUUUCUCUCAUGGAGGACGCCAGUCCCAUUAAGCUGGGCAUUGUUUGCCUCAUCGCAUUGACCCAUGGCCUCAUCGUCCUAGUCUUCACCUCGCGCUUCAACCACCACUGUGCCAUGGGCCAUCGCAUGUAUGCGGAGGACUUCGACUUGAUCAAUCGCACCGUUUGGUUGACGCAUUUGCCCUCCGGAGAUUUCCAAACCCGCGAAGCCUGGCGCUUGAACAAUGAGGAUUUGCAGCAAGUGGAGCAAGACCUCAAGGAGGCAAUGCUGAGUCAUCUCAAGAAGGAGCUCCCGAACGUGGAUCUGUCGGAGGCCAUCGAGGCGGUGCAUGUGACGCCCGUGGUAACAGAGUGGCACCACGUCGUGAACCAAGUGAAGCACUAUGAAGCCGUUGCCCAGCACUAUGCGCUCCGGCUAAGCUUCUCUCGGCGCAAGCGUUUUUGCCAACCCCUGUGGCAGAUCGAGCAGUGGUGGUUUGAGAGGCAGAAGGAGCUUUGCUACGGACGGGUGGAAAAGCUGCGAGAAGAGCAGACAAAACACAUCUAUGGCCCCAAGAUGCUGUCAGGCAGUGCCUUCGUGGUCUUCCAAAACGAAGACUUGAAGAAGUGCCUCACAGGGCCAACUCCAAGCUGCUUCACCUGCCGCAACUACACCUAUUGGAGGUUUGGCCGUGCGCCCUUCACCUCCGUCACGCUGCGCUGCCUCCGGGCACCGCACCCGUCCGACUUGAAUUGGGACAAUCUUCAGGUCACUGAGGCGCGGAGGAGAUUUGGCUACAUCACUGGUCGGCUUUUCCUGAUGCUCUUUAUGCUGGUACUGGUGACGCCUGUGGCGGUCACAUCUCAGCUGAAUUUGAUCCUCCACAUCGUGCAGCAGCACGCAGAUGCCUUGGAGAAGCGCUUGAGCCAUGUUUGGUGGUGGCAACGCUUCAUGACACUCACCGGUUUCAAUGCAAAGUUUCAGCUCCACUCUGAGCACUUAUGGGCGAUGCUUGCCGAACAGGUGCCAACCAUCACCCUGGUGCUGAUCAAUAGUUUGUUAUUGCCUCCUUUGAUCUACCAGAUCGCUGGACUGCAAAAGUGUGCUCAGAAGACCUAUGAGGAGAAGACCCAGCUCCACUUGAACUACAUAUUCUUGGU